UUAACUCGUUUGAUGGAAACUGCUGGCUUUCUCGCUUCACAAAUUUAUACAAAAUUUUCAUUUUAUUUGUUUGUCGAUGUAGAUUUUAAAUUAAAAUUCAUAGAAUAUUAAACACAUUAAGUGAGGAAACGGCAUUGAUGCCUGAAUUAUGAAUUAGCAGUUGCAUGUACCUAAAGCGACAAAGAGACUGUGACUACGACCGCAACAUUCCCGACUGGGAGGGAGCUCUUGAAAUGGAGCAACACAGCAAUCACAAUCAAUCGAAAUUGUUUAUUUGUACGGCUGUAGAUUUUCGAGACGAAUUGGAAGAGAGAUUUGAACGUGCAUACGUGAGCCUGCAGCAGCAAAUCAAUGGCCUCAAUGAGAAGGAUAUGCAUGACAUUCUGUCACAACUCGUAUGUAAAGAAAAACAGCAUGAAGAUAUUUCAAUAGGAUUUUUAUACACAAUGUUAACAGACCCUGCCGUGGCGCCAAAAGCUUAUAGAGAUUUGACACUUGUCGCUAGAGACGGAAUGAAUAUGGUUGUUUCAAAUCUUACAAUGCUUGUAGCAGAAAAAUAUGGGAAAUUAACUGAAGUGGCACGCCGCCAGCUAAUAUGGUUACUUCGAGAACUUGUAAAACAUCAAGUACUUUUGGUGGAAAAUAUAGUGUGGAAUUGCCUUAGACAAGCUGGUGGUGGUGAUGUUUCUAUGAAAAAUAUCUUUUUGGUGGAAGGCCUUCUUGACAUAUUCAUCGAUUAUCGUGCUUGGCUAGAAUCUCAGGCAUUUCUUGUGCAGACAGUAGUAUAUAGCUAUGUUCGUCUUAUAGAAGAUCACGCAAGUCCCUCAUUGACUACUCUUCGACAGAAAGAAGUAAAAUUUAUAAUAUCAUUAAUACGCGAUCGUUUCUUGGACAUAAUACCACUAGGUAGAGACUUUGUAAGGCUCUUACAAAAUGUAGCAAGGGUUUCCGAAUUCGAACAAUUAUGGCGGGAUAUUUUGCAUAGCCCUGAAAGUCUACAUCCAACAUUUACCGGCAUUUGGCAACUUUUGCAAACACGAACAAGCCGCCGAUUUCUUCAAAGCCGUUUAACGCCAGAAAUUGAACGUAAAUUGACAUUUCUUGCAUCAUCUGUUAAGUUCGGCAAUCAAAAGCGUUACCAGGACUGGUUCCAGGAUAAAUAUUUUGCAACUCCCGAAUCGCAUAGCUUACGUUCAGAUUUAAUAAGGUUUAUUAUAAAUGUCAUACAUCCUACAAAUGAUAUGUUGUGUUCGGAUAUUAUUCCUCGUUGGGCCAUCAUUGGUUGGCUGAUAUCAUCUUGUACAAAUCCGAUUGCUUUGGCUAACGCAAAACUUUCGCUCUUCUAUGAUUGGCUAUUUUUUGAUCCGAUCAAGGAUAAUAUUAUGAACAUCGAACCGGGCAUUUUAGUAAUGUAUCAUUCAAUACGCAACCAUCCAUUCGUCAGCAGCACACUUUUGGAUUUUCUCUGCCGCAUAAUGAAAAAUUUUGAUAUACGGCACGAGGAUAAAAUACGUACUGGUGUAUAUAAUUCAUUAAAUAAGAUACUCGAAAAGCAGGUCAUUCCAAAUUUACAGCCCCUAUUUGAAUCGCCGAAAUUGGAUCGAGAGCUACGUAAUUUGAUCAGAGAAAAUUUCCGUGAAUUUGUUUCACCCACACAACAUCCUGCAACACCAAUGGUACCAAUGCCACCAUUUAAAAAAGAAGCAGAACCACGUGCACUACACCGUGGUCAAACCUUUUUCGCUGGACCAUUAGCACAACAACCUGAAAUGCAUCUACAAAAUAAUUUUCAACUCAGUACCAAUGCAGCUGAUUUAACAGAAACUCCAAGCGUCGAUGCUAGUGCAAUAGGUAGUAGUGGUAUUAGUACUACAACCAACCUCGAAGAGGAUAGUAAAUUAACGGUUAUAUCACCCGAAAGUAAUGAUAUAGAAACCGAAGCAGCCUUCAGCGAAGAUGACGAUGACGUUGCGAAAGAUGUCAAAAGUGAAGAGCUAACCGACGACGAUGAUGAUUUGCCUUUAUCAAAAGUGCGAUUAAAAGAGAAACCCAUACCGGAGAAAAUCGAUCUACCCGCGUCUAUAAGUGACUCAUUCGAAACAUUUGUCACAAAACGCAACUCCUUUACUUGGGAAGCAUUUUUGUUGGAUUUUCGAACAUUGCCUGCCUCAGCAUUGGAUGAAGCACAAUUGAAUUAUGUGAUCUCGAAUACGCAUUUAAUUUUACGUGAAACAUUGCCACAACAAAAUAUUUUCACCGAUAGUAAAACCGAUGAAAAGAAUUUGGCAAAAAGUAUAAGUUAUCCACUUUUCGGAUUAUUUCGUUUUCUCUACGAAAAUGAUGAUAAAAGUAAAAAACCAUUUCAAACUCUACUCUCUGAAAUAUGUGAACGAAUGCCGGAAAUCGGUUAUUUAUUACUUUACUUUAUGAAAGUUCAUGUUAAAUUACAAACGCGUAAGAAUAGCCAACAGGCGACACAAUUCAAAACGCCAAUUUAUCGGUUAUUAUGUGAGGCGAGUGGUGAAAAGGUGGACGAUUGUCUAGCGCGUGACUUAGACUUACUUGAAAAAGAAAGUACGAUAAUUUUCCUUUGGCUUUUGCCAGAUAUUUAUCGCGAGUUCAAAAGCACCGCCAUAAACAAUAGCGAAUUGUUGCGAAUUACGUUGCGAUGUAUCGAUGCGAAGAACUUGCGUGACCUUAUUUACUAUGUGGCGCAAGGUAAAUUGACACUCUUCAAGCAGGAUGGACUGAUCGACUGCCUGCGCGAGAGCUUAGUUUAUGAAACAUUUGAGCAACUGAGCCUGUGGCAGUUGGUACAAGCGCAUGAUGUUCCGCUUAAGUGCUUACAGGAUAUCUUACCUGAACUUGAAUCUUCAAGUCAUCCAGAAGCUCUCAGCUAUAUGCUUUUAUGGCUGAAAAACGAGGAACCCACGAAUGAACUGAUACGACUAUUAUUGAGUAGGGAGACAAAAUCUCGGGGUGAUCCUUUUGUCACAUCGGCAUUACGUUUUUGGUGUCAGCGCGGCGAGGAAAAACUGUCAGAAAUCAUAGCAUCACUGCUCACGUCAAAGUAUCCCAGCUCCUCUCCAAACAAACGGAAAAGACUAACUAAAGGUAGUUCUGCAAUGAGUAGCUUACCCUCCGCCGAUCAGGUGCUGAGUCACUUGGAGCACUAUCGACGGAGUUGCAGGCAUGGUACAGGUACUGGGCUUUACGUUUACGAUACUAUGCAACGCGCUUUACAAGCAGCGUAUACACAUAGUAAUGAGAGCACAAAAAAGCAAUAUAGCGAUCUAUUUGCGCUGGCGGCUGAGGAUGAAACGACAGCAGUGGGGAGACGUGGUGGUAGUGGACGUGGCAGAAAACAACCGACUAGUAAAAAAGAUACAAAUAACCACAAUGCGAGUAACAAGAAAAACUCAGAUCCAGUUAAAACGAUUUAUUCAUCUGAUGAAGAAUCAAGUGAAGAGGAUUGGCCUAAGCAAAAAAUUUCACAAGCCAAGAAACGGAAAAAAACCAUUAAUGAUUCUGACUGACAGUAUCAACAAGGAUUUUAUUGUUACAAUGUAGAUCCAUAUAAUAAUGAGAAAGAAUUUGCUAAUUAAAUUGUUUAAAUAUAAAAAAAAAUGCAAA